AUGGGGGAAAGGGGGUUCUUGGUGAUCCUCCUCCCCCUGCUGGCGGCGCUCCUCCUCCAAUUCUCCGGGCAUUCCUCCGCCGGCCACCUCCACCCGCUGAUCAUCGUCCCCGGCGCCGCCUCCAGCCGGAUCGACGCCCGCCUCACCGACGCCUACCACUCUUCCAGCGCCUGCGGCGGGAUCUGCAGCGCCUCCCUCCCGGCGGUCUGGUUCCGUCUCUGGUGGAACAAGACCCUCGUCCGGGAGCCCCUCCUCCGCUGCUUCGGCGAUCUGAUACAGCUCCACUACGACGCCGCCUCCGACGACUACCGGAAUACCGCCGGAGUUGAGACCGCCGCACCCUUCUUCGGCUCCGUCGAGGGCUUCCGCCACCGCGACCCCGACGCCCCGUGAGCCCUCCUCUCCCAUGGCUUCCAAUUGGACCAUUUUCUUCCCAUUAUUUGAACUUUUACUGCCGUUUUUGUUGAGAAAUUAAGUAAUAAUUUGAUAGAUUAAUAUUUUUCAAAGAUGAUUUUGACUUCAUCCAAGACCCUGCGCGAGAUGAACCCGCUGUUGAUUCUCAGGGAAGAGGACUGGCCGAUGGCGACCCUGUUGCAGCGACUGGAGGCCGCCGGCUACCGCGACGGUGUUGACCUCUUCGGCGCCCCUUACGACUUCCGGUACGGCCUGGCCGCCGGGGGCCAUCCCUCCCCGGUGGGAAGCCGCCUGCUGCAGGAUCUGAAGGGCCUCAUCGAGCGGGGCUCCGCUGCCGCCGGCGGUAAGCCGGCGGUGGUGGUGGCGCACAGCAUGGGGAACCUCUUCGUCCUCCGACUGCUCGCCCGAAGCUCCCCGUCGUGGCGCCGGCGCUUCGUCAAGCACUUCAUCUCCAUCGCCGCCCCCUGGGGCGGCGCCGUCGCGGAGAUGUACACCGCCGCUACCGGCGACGUCUCGGCGGGACUGCAGCCGGUGAGGUUGCAGGUGGGGAGCUUCGAGAGUAAUUCAUGGCUUCUGCCCUCCUCGAAAGCUUUCGGGUCGCGGCCUCUGGUGGUCACCACCCGCCGGAGCUACACCUCCGCGGACAUGCCGGAGUUCCUCUCCGCCGCCGGGUUCCCGGAUGCGGCGAAGACGUACGGAUCUCGUGUCCUCCCUCUCGUGGAGAAGCUGCCUCCGCCGGGAGUUCCGGUGACGUUCGUUUCGGGGACGGGAGUGGCCACGCCAGAGCUGCUGGUCUACGGUGAUGGGUUCGCUCAGUUCCCGGAGAUUGUCUACGGGGACGGCGACGGGACGGUGAAUAUGGAGAGCUUGCUGGCGGCGGCGGUGGAGUGGUCUGGCCUGCCUGAGCAGCCGCUGAAGGUGGUAAAGAUCGCCAACGCCACCCACGUAUCGGUUCUGAUCGCGGAGGAAACAUGGAGGGAGAUCACGGAGCAGGUGGCGGCCGUUGAAGUGCCGUCAAAACGUGGGAAAACCGCCGAAGACUCUGAGCAGCUCUCCAGUCUGAGUUUCUAA